CUACCUCAACUUUGGCUCAUGGGCAGCUAUGGGCACCCAUGGACAGUGACGGCCGCCUCGUGUUCUGGAAGGGAGGGGUGUGGGAGGGGGGAGCUCCCACGCUGAACUGCAACACCUGCAAGAAACGAAGAGCUGACAGGAUGAGCGCUAAUGAGCGGCCUCCGGGUGAGUUGAAGAAGCUCUCGGAGGAGAGUCUCACUCGGCAGCCGGAGGAGGUGUUCGACAUCAUCUGCAAGCUCGGAGAGGGGUCCUAUGGAAGCGUUUAUAAGGCCCUCCACAAAGAAAGCGGGCAGGUCCUCGCCAUCAAGCAAGUGCCAGUGGACACGGACCUGCAGGAGAUCAUCAAGGAGAUCAGCAUCAUGCAGCAGUGCGACAGCCCCUACGUCGUUAAAUACUAUGGCAGCUACUUCAAGAAUACCGACCUCUGGAUCGUAAUGGAAUACUGCGGUGCAGGCUCCGUCUCCGACAUCAUGAGGCUCCGCAAGAAGACCCUCUCUGAAGAUGAAAUAGCGACCAUACUGUGUGACACGCUCAAGGGUCUGGAGUACCUGCACCGGCGACGCAAGAUCCACCGCGACAUCAAGGCGGGGAACAUACUCCUCAACACGGAGGGUCACGCCAAACUGGCUGACUUUGGGGUCGCUGGACAACUUACUGACACAAUGGCCAAACGCAACACAGUAAUCGGAACCCCGUUCUGGAUGGCGCCAGAAGUGAUCCAGGAGAUCGGCUACGACUGCGUGGCUGACAUCUGGUCGCUCGGCAUCACGGCGCUGGAGAUGGCCGAGGGCAAGCCGCCCUACGGCGACAUACACCCCAUGAGGGCCAUCUUCAUGAUACCGACCAAACCGCCGCCGUCCUUCAGAGAACCAGACCAAUGGUCGCCAGAAUUCAUCGACUUCGUGACGCAGUGCCUUAUAAAGAACCCUGAGGAGAGAGCAACGGCCGAGUACCUGCUAACACACGAGUUUAUUGGUAACGCGAAACACCCUUCGAUACUAAGCAGUAUGAUAGCCGAGGCAAGAGAAAUCCGAGAAACACAGGCGUUUAGACAACCACCCACUGUCACGCCGGACGGCAAAAUCAUUGCUGGCGCUGGGGAAGGUUAUGACGAUGCAACAAUGAAGAAACGGGACGAGGGCACUCUAGUGCCCACGCGAGAUGGCACUGGACUGACCCACGACCUGGGCACUAUGGUCAUCAACGAGCCUGACGCGGACCUCGCCACCAUGAAACGCCACGACACAGACCCAAUGGACACCAACCGGCCUAAAUACCGUCCGCUGUUCCUCGAGCAUUUCGAGAAAAAAGAAGUUAAUCAUCUCAACAUAGGCACGGCCAACGGCACACUCACUGGCCCCCUAAGGUUACCUGGAGAUGACACCGUCAGGGCGGAAGGUAUAGUAGGCGAGGCCGGAGCCCUAGCCUUCCAACGAGCUUUAGUCGAAGACGGCAACAUGGAAUUCCUAACCUUCCUAUCAGUGUCUGAGCUAGAAGCCCGCAUGGAGCGCCUGGACUCGGAGAUGGAGGCCGAGAUCGAGCAGCUCCGCGCGCGCUACAACCACAAGCGACAACCGAUUCUUGACGCUAUCGACCUGAAGCGUAAGCGGCAGCAGAACUUCUAAAUUGAGCUGCCAAG